AUGUUAAAGUCACAACAAUCAACACUUUUAGGAAUCUCUCUUGUUGUAUGUAGAAAUUCUAAAGGUUAAUAUCUCACUAUUUUGGAAAAUGGUAAUUAAGGAUGGUGGUUACCUGGAGGUUUAGUUGAUCCUCCUGAAACCUUUGAAUAAGCUGCUAUUAGAGAAACCAAAGAAGAAGCAUCAAUUGAUGUUGUUCUUAAAGGCAUUUUAAGAGUUGAAAAUUCAUUAAAGCCAGAUUAAAAUCAUCUUAGAAUGAGAGUUAUAUAUUAUGCAGAACCUAUAGAUGAAAAUUAAAUUCCAAAAUAAAAACCUGAUAGAGGUAUUUUAUUUAUUUUAAUGACUAAGAAACUCAAUAAGCCAGAUGGGUUGACUAUAAAGAUUUACCAUCUUAUUCUUAAAUAGGUCCAGGAUGGAGAGGAAAAGAAUUAUUAGAAUGGUCAAAGUACAUUGAAAAUGGGGGAGUAAUAAUGCCAUUAUCAUUCUUUGCUUUAGAAGGUGAAGAUCCUAUUAUAGAAUAAGCCUUUUAUAAAGAAUAAUUACCACUCAGCAAAUAAAAAUGA